GAAAUCCAUUCUCGAUACCAUUCGGAUCGUAGCCCACAAAAAAAAACUACCAAAUUCCAAAUAAAAUUUUUUAUAAAAACAAAAAAAAAAACAGUUCGUAAAUAUUUCCGAUUCCGUACAAAUUUUUGAGCAUCAUGGUGUGGAAUACGCUUUCCUUCUGGGACGGUCAACCAGUCACUUCCCCGGUAUAUCCCCGGAUGGGGGAUAUGUGGAACCCCAAUACCGCCGGCUACCAGAAUUACCAACACCCUCAGAACCAUUCGCAUAGCAAUUACUUUCAACGGAUGGGCAUGGGUGACAUUCGCCAGAUGAGCUGUCCCAUGCCGAACUACUGUCCUCAAUUCCGGGAGCCCGGAUUGGACGAUGUGGAUGCCUUUUACGCUUACAACGGCAUGGAUAUAACUCAGGCCUACGGCGGUGGAUCUGGAGCUGGUCACGGAGCAGGAUCUGGAGCGCGGGGCGACUUUUGGUAGUAACUCGUCAACCAAUACCUGGCGUAUGCUUCUUAAUUUUCUGUGCGUUUGAUAUAUGGAACUAUUAAAAUGUUUUAUUGAAUAGU